AAUACAAGGUUGUUACUAAUUAGGCAAACAAGGUUUUAAGUUGUAUACUUAGAAAUAUUGAGUACAAGUAGAAGGAGGUCAUCAGUUCACUUUUGCAGGUUAGACUUCAUUUGGAAUACUAUUUUCAGUUUUGGUCACUUUUCUAAGAAGGGAUGUUGAGUUGUUGGAGAGGGUUUCGAGAAGAGCUAUGAGGAUAAUUCCAGGUUUGAGGGGUUAUUGUAUGGGGAUCAACUAAAACCUAUUGAUAAGUUUUCACUAGGGAUGAUAAUUCAGAAGACAAGGUGGAGAAACAUGAUUGAGGUUUUUAAGUGUGUUAGAGGUUUGGAAUCUGUAAAUCAAGAUGAUUUUUCUAUUAACAAAAUUUCAGCCAGUAGUACUAGAGAACAUGUGAAAUUGAAUGUAUAUAAAACUUUAGUAGGUACAGUUAUGUAUUUAUUAAAAGACAACGUUACCUUCCAAUUAGGGUAGUUGGCUUUGUCGAGUAGUUCGCCUUCAGUUAUGGUAGAAACUGCAACAUUGAAGGAACUUAAGAGAAUAUUGAAUGUAUAUAAAACUUUAGUAGGUACAGUUAUGUAUUUAUUAAAAGACAACGUUACCUUCCAAUUAGGGUAGUUGGCUUGUCGAGUAGUCCGCCUUCAGUUAUGGUAGAAGCUGCAACAUUGAAGGAACUUAAGAGAAUAUUGAAUGAGUAUUUUAGAGGAUUGGAUAUAAGAAAAGGUAUAUUUUUGUACGUAGUUUGGAGUGGGAAAGCUGUAGAAAAUGGAAUGCCCUAAAUGGGUCAACUGGCCUCUUAUCUAACCUUGAAAGUGUAAUUUAUAUUAGCAUGAUAUAAAUUUUGUAGAACAAAUAGACUACAGUUAUUUCUAAUCAUUAUACUGUACCCUAGGAACAGAAAUCUAUUCAUUGAAACAAUGUUUAAUUCAGGUACUGCAUCCAAAGUUAAACACCUUUCUCCAAAAGAAGUACCAAAAGAAACUGCAUGUAAGGGACCUGAAAUCAUAGAGACAUUGAAGCCUGUUACAAUAAAAGAAGGACAACCAGCAGUCUUCAAGUGUCGCAUCUCGGGAUCACCUGCACCACUUGGAAAAUGGUUCCGUGGAGAUACAUUGAUCAAACAGUCUCGUUACUUCCGCAUGUCUGUUGAGAAAGAUGUCUACUCUCUGCGUAUCUCUGAAGCCUUCCCUGAAGACAAAGGUGUUUACAAGUGUGUAGCAGCUAAUUCUGCAGGAACAGUCUCAACAAGUGCUAAUUUGAUUGUCAUAGCACCAGAAGUGGUGGAAGUGGCUCCAUCCUUAAGCCCUCUAGCUGACCUCACAGUGCCUAAAGGAUCCCCAGCAAGGUUUGUUACCAGCAUCUCUGGAGUUCCAACUCCACAGAUUACCUGGUACAAAGGAGGGACCAUAAUCAAGGCAUCAAGAAAAUUUCAGAUGGCUCAAGAUGCUGGUUCUUGUUCACUGGUAAUUCGGCAAACGUGUCCAGAAGACCAGGGCAUCUAUACCUGUAAGGCCACCAAUGCUAGUGGGCAAGCUGAAACUUCUGCUCGUUUGACCGUUUAAAGUAAGCACUAGAGUGCUUGUGUUCCCGACCCCAGACUCCUGCUGUAGUGCAUCCCUAGAGCUUUUAACUUGCUGGUCAGAUUUAAUGUAACAUUGCUUGACAUAGGUGGUAGAGAUUAAGUGACUGUUGUCACCUUUGGGUUAUGCAUAACUGUAAAAAAAAAUCAAAGAUGCAUUAGACAGAUCAUAACACAUGUACAAGUAUAUUGCGCUUGUGAAUGUUUUAUUUGGUUAUUGGAUUGUUUCUUUUUCAUUUUUGUCCAUGAUGCCCUUUGUUAGGUUUUGGGCACUGUUUGCAUGUACUUGUUUGUUUCCUCUCUCCUUAUGUUUGUGACUGAUUUCUGUUUUUUGUUCAUUCAAUCUCAAACUUCACUAUAAUUUUUUUAGUUUUUUAUAUGUUGUGUAAACAGCAACACUAAAUUGUGGCAGUUAAUUACUGUAACAAAUACCGAAGUGAAAACUUCAGUUAAUUAAUGAUUUUGAUCGUAUUGUAACAAAGAUGUUAUGAUAUUUGUGAGACUACAAACAUUUUUUUAAAUUCAAGUAAUUGAUCUCUAGCAUCAUCCGUAGCAUUAGCUAACUUCAUAGAAGUUGUUAUUUCUAUUGAUGUGUAUCCAGAACUGAAAAUGAAAACAUGUGUUCUAUCAUUUGAUACUUUUUUUACAUCUAAAGUAAAGUUUUCAUAACUUAAAAGAUGUUGGAAAGCCAAUAAAAUAUGUAGUAGUAUUUUUCAUAAAAUUAUAUUUUGUAAAAUACUCGAAACCAUUCAAUGAUAUGAAAAUUUACAGACUUUCUGAAGUUUUAUAAUCAUGCAAUAAUUAGCAUUUUUUUAAGUAUCACGAAGUAGUGUAGUACAGUUUGAUUGUUUUUUAAUUAUUUAUUUUGGCCAUCAUACAAAUUCACGUGUGUAUAUUGUUGCAUGGAGUGAUAACGCUCAAAUUUGACUUUGUUUAACACAAACUGGAGUUUAAUACGAGACAUUUCUAUAAACGUAAGUAAACUGACCUGUAUCUCCAGAAUAUAACUUUAUUAGCUGAGUAUUUCGUUAUUACAGGGAAUCCCGACGACGCUGUAAUAGUGAAGUACUGAGCUAAUACAGUUACAUUCUGAAGAUACAGGUCAUUUUAUUUACGUUUGUAAGUUGUUACAUUAUAUAACAAUUCUUGUCAUCAUACACAACGUUAAUUCAUUGAUGUACUAACGAAAGCAGCUGCUUCAUUUCAGCUUUGCUUUAUUUAUUUUCGUAAAGUUAAAAAAAGGUUUUGGUGACAUAUAUUGUCAGACAUGAAUAUAAACUUGGGUGUGACUGUAACAAGAAAAAGAUGCUAAAAUUCAGAGUUUCCUAACUGUUCACCUGUGCAUAAAGAGUUUACGUAAUGUAAGUCUCGUACAGUAGGAAAACCAGUAGAUAUUGGCCUCUUUCGUUAAUAUCAGCCACUGAGCAUUUCAGUAUUGACAUGGUUCCAACUCUUAAAUUAGAAAACCUUUCAUCUCUUUCCGUGGAGGAUAAAAAUAACUGUAAAGUUCCUCAUUUGGUUAUAUGAACAGUAGUUGGAUAUAUAGCUCAUUCCGAAAAUUCCCCGAGAACAAGAAAAAAGUUUAGUUCACGUGCUUAGUCCUGUUCUGAUUUAUCUGUAGCUUCUUUUCUCAACUAUCACAUAGUUGUUAUUGUUACGGAACAGACCCAGGUUCGAACCAUUGUCUCAUGUAUAUCCUACGUUAUAUUAGCUGGAAUUCUUUGUGCACUGUUUUUUAGUCGAGACACUAAGUAACCCGAAUCGAUUUUACUAUCAUUGUUACGAAUUUUGUAUUGUAGAAAUGUCAAUAAAGUUUUUGUUAUUGUUGAAAAUCA